AUUCACAAACAUAUAAAUUAAUAUAGAAAAGUAAAUGCAAUUCUUUCAACAUGAUGUGAAAACUAUGGCAGUAGGUUAUAAAAAUUGCCGUGACGUUUUGUUGGAGCAAGCAGCAGAUGAUGCUCAAAAUAUUAGAAAACUGCAGUACCAGCAUGGCAAAGGUCCUUACAAUAUCUUUAUCUUGGAUACAUCAUCUAGUCUUGGCGAACAAGGUUUUACACAAUUGAAGGAAACGUUUAUUGCUAUUGUUGAUGAAUACUCUAAACAUCCAGACAUUGAAGAGAAUGUGGCAGUUAUUGUGUUCGGGCGACAAACCAAGUUUCUACGCUACUAUUCUAACCAGUACAAAGAAAUCAAACUUUGUCUAGAUGAAGUUGAGCUUGGGGGUCCAUGCCCCUUAGCUACGGCCUUUUUAAUUUCGCAAGGUGGACUCGGCGAAAUCACAGGUUAUUCACGGAUAAUGGGAGAUUUUCACGUUCGCCCAAGACUAGUUCUCAUUUCGAACGGAAAACAAACGGAUUUAACAGAUAUUGAUUCCGAAAUUUUACCUGAAGUGGAAACUCAUGAAAAUAGCAAUAUUUUGCUUCAAGUGACCCGAUCGUUGGGGAGAUUUCAUCCAAUAUUUUGUAUCCCAGUUGGAGAGAACCCUGACUUGAUAACAUUAGAAUUUUUAAGCGCUCAGUCAAGAGGGGGAAAAAUCAUCAAUUCGGAUCAAGCAAGACAGUUUGCUAGAUAUUCUAAAAAUAUGAGGACAGUUUCAAUGUUAUCAUUUACAAUGAAGAAUGAUGGCAAUGAUAGAGAAAGAAUCAUGACAUCACUUGUGUGCACUUUUCCGGAGAGUGAGUUUACGGAGAUGGACCAGGAUGAUAUCUUUGAAAUAUGCUCCAGAAAGCCUUUGUAUUGUUCAAUGGAAGGUAUAUUGGAAGAAAUUGAGGAUGAAGAAGAUCUCUUUAACGAACGGGAUCCCAAUAUGCCUCCUCUAGGUUCCAGGGUCAGACGUGGGCGUGACUGGCAAUGGGGGAACCAAGAUAGAUUUGGUCCUGGUACAGUCGUGGGACAUUCUAAAAAAGGCGGUUGGUUAAAAGUAGAAUGGGACAUGGAUUCGUCAACAAUUCACCAAUAUAGAUACGGAUCCAAUCGAACCGAAAAAGACAAAUAUGACGUAAAGGUGUGCGAUGAACCAAGACUAUUGGAAAACCAGUUAAUUGCGACUGGCUGUCUGGUGACAAGAGGUCCUGAUUGGAGUUGGCAUGAUCAAGAUGGAGGUGUUGGAAAUGUCGGAUCAGUGAUUUCAGUCAGAGACAGUGGAGGAGUCCUUGUACGUUGGCAAAACACUUUAACUAAUCGACACCUCUACAGAUUUGGACAUCAGGGAAGAUUUGAGGUUCAGCUUUGUGAUCCUUUAUCGCCCAAGACCAUCAAGUUUCUAAAAGAUCAAAUGCGUAGAGCUGCUUUACAUUGCCCUGGUGAAAAUGAAUUCGGAGCUACCAAAGAUGUUGAUGACGAGGGGUUUGCAGAAUAUGGUGAUGUAGAAUCAGUGAAAAAGUUGACGUUCGCUAACCAAGAAACAAAGCCUGUGUUGCAUAUUAGAAAAGGAAAAUACUUCAAAAAUGACAAUUUACCCGCUGACAUAGAGACAGAUGGACAGAGUUUUUCAAGAUCAAUGAAUCAGUGGUUUUGGAAAGAUGACAAAGGAAAUUGGAAUCCAUUUCCGAGAGAAAUGAAUAACCGAGUUGACAAAUAUUACAGCCGUGACCCAAAGUCAACUGUUAUCGUCACGAUCAAGGAGGAACAUUACAGAGUGGUAAUGGCAAAACUAGUACAGAUUAACCUGAAGAUAAGGGAGAUGUUCGAAGUGAAAUUAGUGAGAAAUGAGCUAGAUUCAUAGAACAGAAAACAUAUUAUUUGUUGAUUAAUGACAUCUAAAUUUAUAAAUUUUAAAAAACUUUUUUGAUUAUAUGAUUAGAUGACAAAUCCAAUUUGCAAAUUGAGAUGCAGCGAGAAAGAAAGAUGGAAACGAGUCGAUUUCUUUUUUUUAAUUUAUGAACAGUUUAGCGAAAAUGUUGCAUCAGCACACAAUUUUCUUUUCUUCAAAUUUUAAAAAGGUAUAUAUUCCUUAGAUGUUGAUUUAUAAAUUAAAGUUUCAACAAAAGGACUUUAACUCGGGCGAAAACAUACAAAAAUAAGGAAACAAAUCUGGAACGGAAAAUGUUCAAAAAACCGAACCAUAACAAACAUAUGCAGUUGUAUCUUUGGUGUUUAGUUAAAACAUACAACAAAUACUAGUAAUACAUAACCCGCGAAAGCGGAUUAUGUUUUUUUUUCUGCGAUUCCUUUAUAACCUAAUGAAUCACUAAAUGAAAGCAUUUUAUUUGUUUAUAUACCUUUAAAUCUACAUAAUUGUUUUUAAAAUAAACAUGUGUAAAUAAUUGUUAUUAUUUUAAACAAAAUUAUCUUUUAAAUAAUUAGGAAGCCAGCACAAUUUACCUUAAUAAAAGGUUUUUCGAUAUCAUUGACAUAUUUUUGUUUUUAUUUUCAUUGUGUCGAAAUUAUUUGAAGGCAUGAAAAUAUUUCACAAGAAAGUAAAACAAGAAGUAUGAUUUAAGCAAAAUUAAAUUGAAAAAAAAAAUAUUGAGAAUGCCCAAACAUAUUAGGUUCUCUACAUGUUUAUAUAAGGCAAGGCAAAUACAUGCAAUUAAAUUUUACAAAAUUUUUGCAAAGGACCAUACCAAAUUAAAACAUUAUUUCUGCAUAUAAAACGUGUAUGUUAAUAAUUUAAUUAUCAUGUUGUUGUUUUAAGUCAACAAAUGCAAAACCUCGGGUAAUUCUGACAAAACAUCUUAGCUCUGCCGAAAAAGUAUGAGAGGGUGUUAUGGCAUGCAUCUGAUUUAUUUUAAAACAUGUAGUGGGACAUUCUUGCAAGAACAAAACGCUUGUAUGCUAUCCACGUCAUGUGGUACAGGACUAAAUGAAACCGAAACAAUGCAAUGCAAAAUGCGAACAUACAAGUUGGCUAGAAUCUGAGGGCACUAGCAAUUUAAAUGUUACAAAGAGAGAAUGAACCAUUUAUGUUUUAAGGUUGCCAUAAUAACUACAGUCUACUUGGAAGUCAGGUCAGUUCGUACAUGUCUGUGAAGUGCAUGCUGCCAAUCUAGCUUUAGUUUGGUCCGAUCAAGAUAUAAUCUACGGAGAGUAAGGAAUAGUCCAAAGAUGACAUCCAUGCAUCUAAAACAGUUUUUUGUUAAGUUCUAUGAGAACAUUUUUCUUAUGCCGACAGCUAAGUCAUGUGCGGAUUGUGCUGAUUUCUGUAUUGUCCUGCAUGUAUGAAUAACAAUCAAACUUCGCUCUAAAUAGAGAAAACAUACAAUGUAUUGUGGAUGUCAAUAAUUUCUAUGAACAAUUAAAUGACUACAGAUGAUAUAAUGCAGACACGGACAUUCAUUUUUAUUUGUAAAUCUUUUCUAAAAUGAAGUAUAUAUAUUCAGCUCUAUCAUUUCCGUUUUUUCCUAGCUUACAGAUUUAUCCAUUGUUUCCUUAUUUAAAAUUUGAAUACAAAAUAUUGUAAAAUAGAAAGGAAACUCUGUAUUAUAAGAACAAGGAACUUAGCUUGUGUGUAUCCAUAUAGUUAUAACUAAUUUCUGGGUUUUUUUCAUUAAAUGAAUUUAUUGGUUUGAAAGUGAAAAUGCAUUUUACAUUGUGUUUAAUUAUAUAGCUGUCGAAUAUUCACACCAACGAUGUUUGUUUUGUCGCACCAUUUAUUGGCCAUUGUCCAUCGGCUGACGGGUAAUAGCUUUAAUAGAAAUUAAUAAUCAGCUGUGGAGGAAUCUUAUGCUUG